CUGGCUGUCCUGGUGGCUCACCCAAACGGACUCACUGAGCGACGCGGGCGGGCUAUGACCCCAGGGGCGCUGCUGCUGCUGCUGCUGCUGGGGGCGUUGGGGGUGCCAUUCGCCCCGGGCGCCCGCGGCUCGGAGGCGGAGGGCCGACUCCGCGAGAAACUUUUCUCGGGCUAUGAUAGCUCGGUGAGGCCGGCGCGGGAGGUGGGAGACCGCGUCGGGGUCAGCAUUGGUCUCAGCCUAGCGCAAUUAAUCAGCCUGAACGAGAAGGAUGAGGAGAUGAGCACAAAGGUCUACUUAGACCUGGAGUGGACUGACUACAGGCUGAGCUGGGACCCUGAGGAGCACGAGGGCAUCGAUUCACUCCGCAUCACUGCCGAAUCCGUGUGGCUACCAGACGUGGUGCUCCUAAACAACAACGACGGAAAUUUUGAUGUUGCUCUGGACAUCAGCGUCGUGGUGUCCUCCGACGGCUCCGUGCGCUGGCAGCCCCCGGGCAUCUAUCGCAGCAGCUGCAGCAUCCAGGUCACCUACUUCCCCUUUGACUGGCAGAACUGCACCAUGGUGUUCAGUUCCUAUAGCUAUGACAGCUCAGAAGUCAGUCUGCAGACCGGCUUGGGUCCCGAUGGGCAGGAGCGGCAGGAAGUGCACAUUCAUGAAGGCACCUUUAUUGAGAAUGGUCAAUGGGAGAUUAUUCACAAGCCUUCUCGGCUAAUCCAGCCUCCAGUGGAUCCUAGGGGAGGCGGGGAAAGGCGGCGUGAAGCAGUCACCUUCUACCUCAUCAUUCGCCGGAAGCCUCUCUUUUACCUGGUCAACGUCAUUGCCCCAUGCAUCCUCAUCACUCUUCUGGCCAUCUUCGUCUUCUACCUGCCACCAGAUGCAGGAGAGAAGAUGGGGCUCUCGAUCUUUGCCCUGCUGACCCUUACUGUGUUCCUGCUGCUGCUGGCAGACAAAGUGCCUGAGACCUCCCUGUCUGUCCCCAUCAUUAUCAAAUACCUCAUGUUUACCAUGGUCCUCGUCACCUUCUCAGUCAUCCUUAGCGUCGUAGUCCUCAACCUGCACCAUCGCUCACCCCACACCCACCAAAUGCCCCUUUGGGUCCGUCAGGUAAGAAGAUCUCCUUUCCAACCUGUGUUAACUCUCAAUCCUAGUAUUUGGCUUUUUGUCCAGGUAUCGCUCCUCCCUCCCACCGACUUCAACCUUCCCUUUCACAGACCUGAGGGAGAACUACAACUCCUGAUCUUUAUCCACAAACUCCCUCCGUAUCUGGGUCUGAAGAGACCCAAACCUGAGAGAGACCAGAUACCGGAGCCACCUCCUAUACCUCUCAGGGAUUCUCCAGGAAGUGGCUGGGGUCGGGGAACAGAUGAAUAUUUCAUCCGCAAGCCACCAAAUGAUUUUCUCUUCCCCAAACCCAACAGGUUCCAGCCUGAACUGUCUGCCCCGGACCUGCGGCGAUUUACCGAUGGUCCAAACCGGGCUGUGGGCCUGCCUCCCGAGCUACGGGAGGUCGUUUCCUCAAUCAGCUACAUCGCUCAACAGCUGCAGGAACAGGAGGACCACGACGCGCUGAAGGAGGACUGGCAGUUUGUGGCCAUGGUGGUGGACCGCCUUUUCCUGUGGACCUUCAUCAUCUUCACGAGCGUCGGGACCCUCGUCAUCUUUCUGGACGCCACGUACCACUUGCCCCCUCCCGACCCCUUUCCUUGAGGACGAGAGGGCCGAGACCGAGGUUCUCGGCCAGUUGAAUUGAGAGUUUGGUAGUACUCUCAAGUCCCAUCCCUUUCUGCAUCUUAACUCCUUCACUAGGAGUCCAAUCCUCUCAUCAUUUCGUUUCUAGGGAGGAAGCCCAAGUGGGACUGGGCAGAUGGGGGCCUUGGGCCCACCUGAAAUGCACUAUCCGAUUAUUUACUCUUUGGCUUCUUGAAGAAGCUCCAUUGGAUAUUCACAUCUAGGUUGGCAAUGAAUGGAACAAAGAACAAGAACUAGAUUGUAAGCCUUCUGAGGGCAGGAACUAUGUCUGUUCACUGUAAUAUCCCCAACACCUAGCACAGAUCCUAACCUAUACAGCCAGUACCUCUGGUUGAAUGAAUAGGGAAAUUUUUUUUCUGUAAGGAAGUACACUAAGUAAUAGUGUUUAUGUUUGCAUGUUGGGACUAGUGGUCGUUUUUCUUUGUUUUUACCUUUCUGUAGUUUAUUGUAUUUUGUAAUAUGUAUUAUCUUUAGGAUAAAAAAAGGUUAUUUCUAAAAGGAUGCAUUUGUAAUGAGGAUAAAAAAAGCACACUGCAAAAACCUUAAGUUCCAGCUUUGGUGCUCAAACUUUGGACAAGCUACUAAACUGCCCUGUGCCUCAGUUUCCCCAUCUGUAAAAUGAAGCUAAUAAUAAUAUCUGCUCCCUAGUCUGAGGAUCAUAUGAGAAGAUGAGAACAAAAGCAUUAUACAGUAUACAUCAGAGGUUACAAACUGGUGUGUUUCGUUUGGCCCAUGUUGUUGGCCAGCAAAAUUUAAAAUUUGAAUUGGUUUGCUACUUUUAAAAUGUGGAUAUUUCACAGAGAAAUUUGGAUUUCUGGCUUCUCUUGAAACUUUUUAAGAACUACAGUAGCACCAGGUCUGAUUCCCCUGUUGGCAGCAACCUGCUAGAGCUGAUUAGUGGCUGCCCACUCUGGUCAAGGUAUUUGUAUCAGAAUUCCUCCAAGGCCCCACCCACCUAACCACUCAUUUUACUUGCCCAUGCCUGCAUAACCCUAGACAAAAUACAGGGGAGGGGAGGAGGGACAGGGAGUUGAAGCCCGUGGGAGGCCAGGAGUGGAACAAGCAAGGGUGUUGGUGUCUCUUAUGGCCAUCACACAUUUUAUGCCUAUUUCCUUUCAGUUUGGAGAAAGGGCUUCAUCUGGGAGAUGAAGAUCUUGUGCCCAGCAGACUCUGUGAACUGGACUGCAUUAAUGUUUCUGCCUGGAGGUCAGAGCAAAGUCAGCUUUAGCCUAGUGGCUGCAGCAAUUACAGUGAAGUACCUAGGGUCAACAGGCUCUCACACCUACUCAAUUGCUGGAAGUUGGUGUCCUAAGAGGGAGAAUAGGGCUACAACUUGUAGGGAUCCCUGUGGGACAAGGUUAGCAUGUCCCUGUCCAGCCAGACCCACCAGCCACGCCAAUAAUUGCACCUGGCAUCCCACCGCGGAGCACAGUUCGUUUGUCUUGUUGGUUUAUUGGCCUAGAGAGUUGGACACACACACAAAUGCGGAGAUAAAUAUUGGUCAGUUUCUCUAAAUCUGGGUCCUCACUACGUAUAGAGCUAGAGUCUGUAGAAUUCUAAAUCUUGUGUGCUGUGGCACAGAACCAGUGGCCUUCCCACUCCACCGUCACCCUUCUUCCCAGGGAACAUGGGGAAAGAGGGCACAAACUGACAAGACUUAAUAAUUUUCAAAAGACAAAAUUGCAAAAUCCCAAAUUUCCAACAUGUGAAAUUCACAAUAUUCAAGUUCCCCAACUCCGAUACAUGUAUUUUAAUUGCCAUUUCGCCACAAUCUCCUUUGUUGCCCAGAACCACCAAAUUCUGGAAACUAUUUUCCUAAAUCAUAUUUUCAAAAAAAUAAAUGUCUACAUUCUCAGUUCUCCCAAAA